AUAUACUCUUGUUCUCUUGUUUAAUAAGUUAAAACUAUAGAACAAAUGUAAACCACACUAGACUAAUUGUGACGAACUCGAUUAAAGGUUCUAGAGUGGGAAAGAAGUUGUCUUAUUUAAAAGUUGUUGUCUUAUUUAGUACAAAAAAGGUUGCAAAUUGUGCAUGUAAUCGUGGCCCAUUAAGAAGGAAAUCAUAGUGGGGAUAGAGUAACGUCCAAUCCAAGCUAUAUUUAAUAUUUAAUUCACAUUUUUGCCCAAAUGUGGAAAUGAUGAAUCCAUUCAUUCACUUUUUAAUUAAUUAAGUAAUUAAAUACUUUAACAUGCAGUUGUUAUGAUCCCACCCAUAAGUGCACAUGAUACCGUGACUUUUCCUGUCAUUUUAAUUCCAAUGUAGUUAGUAUUCACGAGGUUGGCAAUUUUUUAUUUAUCAUAAUUUGAGUUGUAACUAAUAUCUCUUGCAAUUAGGUCAUUUUUUUUUAUAAUUUUAAUGAAAGAACUAUCAGCCAACCACACAAGUAUAGCGUGUAAACCUAUAUUUUUGUAUAAUAGUUUAUGAAAGACAUAAACCACUUGUUCCAAUCGUUAAUGCCAAUUUCUUACAUUUAUAUCAUAAUUCGAAUGUAUAUGAUAUUUAAUAUUUGAUCCGAUUUUUAUUCUUGAAAAUAAUUUCAAAAUCAUGAAAACUACACUUAUAAUAUCAAAUUUGUUAUGUAUUCUAUAUUAUAAGGCGAACAAAAAACCAUAAAAUUCCCGAUUCCACGUGUUUUGAUUCGAAAACUUUCAAUUUUGGAAGAUUUUUAAAAUUUUCAAAUUCCAUUUUUUUUCUUCUGAAUUUUAGUUUUACACAAAAUCGAAAUUAGCUUUCGCUUCAAAAACAAUCUGAUUCGUUUUAUUUACAUCCGCGCAUAAACAAAUACUCUAUCUAUGGAAAUUCUUUUAUUUUUAUGAAGUUAGGGGCAAACAAAUUAUUCCUCAAACAACACAACACAUGACAAAAAAAGAACCAUAAACCUACUCUCUGACACCAUAUAUAAACAAAUCUCCAACCUUAAUUCUCUUCAAAAAACCAAACCUCAAAUUCAAAAAAAUAAAAAUAAAAAAUAAAAAAUAUUUCAAAUGGCAAACCAUUCAAGAAAAUCACUUCUCCUCCUAGUAUUCUUUCAUACAAUUCUCCUGCUAAAAUCACAGGGCUGUCACCACACAGACAAACAAGCCCUACUCCACUUGAAGAAAUCCAUCACCGCCGACCCGUCAAACCUCCUUCAAACAUGGACCCCACAAACAGACUGCUGCACACAAUGGGAAGGCAUUUCCUGCGACCCGAUCUCCAACCGGGUCACAAACCUAACCCGACCCGGCCUCUUCUCCACCGACGAUUCACCAGUCGACACGUCACUCUCCGGCACCAUCUCCCCCUUCAUCGGAAACCUCUCUUCCCUCCAAAUCCUCGAUCUCAGCAACCUCAAAUACCUAACCGGCCAAAUUCCACCGGAAUUAGGCAAACUAUCGAAACUGAAUCAUCUCUUCCUCGAUUCGAACGAUCUCAGCGGUUCAAUCCCCGUCGAAUUCAACGGCCUGGAUCAACUCGUCAGCUUCUACAUCAACAACAACCGUCUCUCCGGCGAAGUCCCGCAGAACCUCUUCGCUAAUUUCACUUCACUCCUAAAGCUCGGAUUUUCCGGAAACCGCUUUUCCGGCGCAAUUCCGCCGUCGAUUAUCAAGGCGGUUUCGCUCAGAAGCCUCGAUCUCCAUGGAAACAGCUUCUCCGGUUCCAUACCGAAAAAAAUCGGCGAGCUCAAAAACCUAAUUUACUUCGAUCUCUCUGAAAAUCAAUUAACCGGCAAAAUACCGGAGUCGAUAACCGCCCUAUCGAAGGUGGUGGAGAUUUAUCUCAAUGGCAACGGUUUGAUCGGAAAAAUACCUUCUUCGAUCGACGGACUGAAUUCGUUGCAAUUCGCUCGAUUCUCGGAGAAUAAGCUGACAGGGAAUAUUCCGGCUUCGAUAGGCAAACUUACGAAUAUUCGAAGCUUGGUUUUCGAAAAUAAUAGACUGAGUGGGAAAAUACCUGCAAGUAUAGGGCAUCUUAUCACUCUCAAUGAUAUAUACUUCUCUAAUAAUCUUUUCACAGGUAAAAUCCCACCGAGUUUAGGGAACUUGAAGAAUUUGCAGACGUUGGAUUUAUCGAGGAAUCGUUUUUUCGGACCGAUUCCGCCUCAGCUUGUGAAGCUACAUAUGCUGCAAGAUUUCGACAUGUCGUACAAUCCUCUUUCACUAAGGAAAAUACCUAGUUGGUUUCAAAAAUUGAGUCUUUUUCGACUUUUGCUAGCGAAUACUGGGCUUGAAGGGGAGAUGCCCGAUUGGCUGGCUUCUUCGUCUGUAUCAACUCUUGACUUAUCGAGCAAUUCGCUUAAAGGGAAUAUUCCAUCUUGGAUUGGGAAUAUGACGAAUCUUUCAUCGCUGAAUCUGUCGAACAACGGAUUUAGUUCUCCGAUCCCUGUUGAAUUCAAGAAUCUUGUGCUGUUGACGGAUGUUGAUCUUCAUUCAAACAGGCUUUAUGGAAGCUUGAAACCGAUAUACACGAAGAGCUGCGAGUUCGCACGUGGUCAUUACAGCAACAUCGAUCUUUCGUACAAUCUUUUCGGUGGACAUGUUGAUGAGGGAAUUGGAGAUGAACCUGUCAUGGAAUUUCUUCAAUCUCUGAUUCUGUCACACAAUCCGUUGACGGGUUCUGUACCGAAGUCUUUAGGGAAAUUGAGUUAUUUGGAGGUGGUGGAAUUAGUCGGAAACGGGAUUUCGGGGGAGAUACCGAUGGAGCUUGGCAAUGCUAAGGCAUUGAAAACCUUGUUGCUGUCUGAAAACAGUUUGAGUGGAGGGAUUCCUAAAGAAGUGUUGAAUCUUGAAUAUCUUGAGAAUUUCGAUGUUUCUGAUAAUCGGUUGAGCGGGAAGAUUCCGGUACACAAACGGGUUAUUCCGGUGAAGGCGUUUGCUGGGAAUGCUGGAUUGUGUGGAGAUCCACUUCCUCCAUGCAAGCAUUGAUGAUAGGGAAAGGAGAUUGGAAGUUUCUUUUGUUACCAACUUCUUUUGGUUCCUUUCUUCGUGUUGUUCGAUAAUGCAAAUGCAACGAUGUUCCACAGUAAUACAAGAAGAUCAAGAAUCAUAGUUAAACUGCCAUGAGUGAAAAUAUUGCUACUUCACUUAUAUAGUUAUAAUAUAUGAAUAAGUCUCAAGUUUCGCACAUUAGGUAUUUGGUACUGGAUUGAAGAGCCAUUAUUAAGCAGUUAUUUAGAGGCAUUUCAUCAAGUGCAUUUUCGUCUGAGAAAGCUCAAAUUUAGUAUAAUUAUAAAAAAAUAGCAUGGUUUCCCCAA